AUGUCGACCGCCACCGAUCUACGCCACCACCAACCACCACAUAUUGCUCUCUUCCCAAGUGCCGGAAUGGGCCAUUUAACCCCACUCCUCCGUCUCGCUUCCAUGCUAGCUUCCCGCAACUGCCGUGUAACCCUCAUCACCGCCCAACCGCCCGUCUCUACGGCGGAGGCCUCCCACAUCACCGCCUUCCUGGCGGCGUAUCCCGCCAUCAACCGCCUUGACUUCCAAAUCGUUCCUUAUACACCACCAAACGCCGCAGCCGCUGCCGACCCUUUCGCACUCCAAUUUGAAGCCAUCAACCGCUCUGUUCACCUUCUUACUCCAACCUUAUCUUCUACAUCACCACCGAUCUCCGCCAUUUUUUCCGAUAUUGCAUCAGCUGCCGGAGUUUGCCAAGUUGCCGAUGAUCUUCGAAUUCCGAUCUAUAUCGUUUCCACCACCUCUGCUAGAUUCACCGCCCUCUUGCCACAUAUUCCGUCGUUAAUCGCACCUGGAAGCUCCAUAACAAUGGCGGAAACCUCCGUUCGCAUUUCUGGUUUAACUCCGUUUGAAAUCUCGACGCUUCCACCGCCGUUUUUCAUUCCGAAUCACGUUUUCACGAAUACUUUAGUAUCAAACUCUCUUGCAAUGAAAAAAGCCAAAGGCAUUUUGUCGAACAGCUUUCAUGCAUUUGAACCAGAAACAAUUUCGGCUGUUAAUGGCGGCAACUUCAUACCCGAUUUCCCCCCUUUUCUCCCAAUUGGACCUCUAGAACCACACAAAUUAGAACUAGGUGAUCGGCAACCACUUCCAUGGCUGGAUCAACAGCCACCGGAAUCGGUGGUAUACGUCAGCUUCGGAAGUAGAACCGCCAUGUCAAGAGCUCAAAUCAGAGAGUUACGAGACGGAUUGGAGUUAAUCGGGCGAAAUUUCUUGUGGGUUUUGAAAUCAAGGAUUGUGGAUAAAGAAGACACCGAAGAUAUUGAAGAAUUACUGGGAAAUUCGUUUGUUCAGAGAACAAAAUCCAAAGGGAUGGUGGUGAAAGGGUGGGUGAAUCAAGAAGAGAUCCUUUCACACCCUGCAAUCGGGUGUUUCGUUAGCCAUUGUGGAUGGAACUCGGUGAUGGAGGCGGCGGCGAGAGGGAUUCCGGUGGUGGCGUGGCCGCAAUUGGGCGAUCAGAUGGUGAACGCCGGAGUAGUGGAGACGGCGGGAUUGGGGAUUUGGGAGAAGGGUUGGGGUUGGUUGGGGGUGAAGCUGGUGAAGGGGGAAGAGAUUGCAGAGAGGGUGAAAAUGGCGAUGGAUGAUGAGAAAUUAAGGGAGAAAGCAAGAAAAAUUGGGGAAGAAGCAAAAACCGCCAUUAGAGCCGGAGGAAGUUCUGAUAAGGCGUUGAUGGAGAUCAUCCAUGAUCUUCAACAAUAA